GAGAGGGAUGAAGAGUUACGUGUUCAACCUGAGGAAACUCAACGGGUUGCCGCAUCACCUGGUGCUCUCUGGUCAGAUCUUGCCCUUCCUGUCUGAGUGCGCGUUCAACUACGAGUUCCUGUUGCACAAAGCCUGGGGCCUGUCCGUGCUGCACGUAGAGGAAGAUCUGAAGAAAGCCGUGUUGCCUGACAAAGAGCUGCUGGAUGUGAAGGUGUGGGCGGGGGCUCUGCAGCUUGCCAGGCCCGUGUUAGAAAGCGACCCCUGUCAGCUGGCCUCCCAGAUCCUGGGCCGCCUGGGUCAGAUGGUCAUCCAGGACCGCCCCGUGGCUCCAGGCGACCCUCGUAUGUUCACCUACCUCCACUCCCUGCUGGCCCAGUGUGCCCAGUCCUCCGUGCCAGCCCUGCUGCCCUCCUACACCUGCCUGCUGCCCCCCGGGGGGCUGCAGCACACCCUGCUGGCAGGCCACAGCUCCACUGUGACCGCCGUGGGAGGGGGUCAGCGGGGGACAGUGGCGGUGUCGGGCGGGGGAGACGGGACCCUGACGCUGUGGGACCUGGAGCUGGGGCGGGCUGUGAGGACCCUGGAGGGGGAGGGGGGCGUGGUGGGGGACGCCCUCACCCUGGGACUGGGGGAUAAGAUGGUAGCCGUCCGCAUGGGACAGACUCUACAGGUGAGAGAGGUGGAUUCUGGAAAAGUGGUGUACACCGAUAGGGACUCGAUGGAUGUUCCCGUGGUAACCACGGCCUGUGACGGACAGCUGCUGGUGGCCUUCUAUGAAGGCAGUCACCUGGUGAAGGUGUUUGACCUGGCCUCCUCCUGCUCUCUGGUGUGUUGCGUCAACAUCGCUCUGGAGUGUGACCCCAUCCACAAGGAUAGUUCCAUCCUGGUGUCACACAACUCCAUCAAAGACUUUGUCCUCUUCGCCUACAGGUCUGCGUGCCAGGCAGCUGUGCUCAGUGCCAGAGGGGGGGCGGUGAGGUGUGUGCUGACCGCCCGGCACGGGGCUGCCUCCAUCCAGGGGGUGGACAUGACCUCCGAGUACCUGCUGCUCUUCUGCAGGUACCCUUACAAGCUGGACGGCGAGAUCAUCCACAUCGAGCUCUUCGGCGUGGCCUCCUUCCAGUACCUGCGUUCCAUCCUGGGCUGCGGCCAGGACUACAUCUCCCAGGUCACUGUCAACCACUCAGGGACGUACGCCGUAGCCUUCUGCCCCUCGCCCCGCACCGGGCUCACGGACGUGGUGACCUGGAACCUGGAGACGGAGGACCACAAACACAUCGCACGAUUCCCCGGGGUUCUGACAGCAGGUGUGUGUCUGGACCUGCGCUUCUGUCUGGGGGUGUGCAGCGGAGAGAGGUACCUGAGACUCUGGGACCUGGUGUCCCGCAUCCACGACCAGACUCUCACCUACAACGUUCACAAGCAGAAGAGCGACGGCACACGGGAGGUCGUCGUCGUGACAACGACCCCACGGUACACAGGCACAGUGUCGAGAACCGAGUCCACCGGACAGUUGGCGUUCGUGGAACGAUCGUGCGAUGAAAUGUGCUGUCGUCUUCCUCUGUGAAAGAGAGAAACCAGCGUACGCUAAUUGAGAUUCGUUCUCUCGGUCUCUGUCUCCCCCUGGUGGUAGGUACGCUGUGUGCAAGUCGCUGCGUCCAGGCACCGUGCGCGUAUGGAACCUGGCCAGGAAAAGGUUUGUCGGAAGGCCGGUGCGAGUGGAGCACGGCCUCUACGGCAGCACGGACGUAGCCCUGGUCCACAACCUCAAACUCUACAUUCUGACGGACAGGGGGGCAGCUCCCGUCACAGACACCCCCUCACCCAUAUUUCAGACUCUGCUGGUGUAUGACCUGAUCAAGAGGAGCUACUCCAGGAGGCAGACCGGCCUCUACAUCGUUCCCUGUCCCCAGCAUGAGUACAGGCUUCUGGAUGGACAGAUACUGCUGGGCCUCUCUGAGACUAGGGACCAUCUGAUUCUGUGGGACCUGGAGUCUGGCUAUAUCAAAGGAAGGAUCAAGCCUUUCCACAAAGAGUCCCUUCUGUCUAGCAACAGCACAAUCAGAGAACGGCAGUCGCAGAUAUUACCGCCCAAAGAGC